AUGCCCACGCCCAGCAUGGAGCCACACGGCGAGUCGUCGUUCCCUCGGCAGCAGCCGCGGCUGGCCCGGCCGACGGGCCGCCACAGCGAUGAGGCCGAAUCGCCCGAGCUCGCCCCAGCUGGCGUCGCAGACGGGAUGACAUUCUUACCAACCAACGAGUCCGAGCUACAGCUGUAUCGUGUGCUACAACAUGCCAACCUGCUCAGCUACUACCACAUUUUCAUCAGCCAAGGUGGAGAUGACGUGCAGCAACUCUGUGAAGCCGGAGAGGAGGAAUUCCUGGAGAUCAUGGCCCUGGUGGGCAUGGCCUCCAAGCCGCUGCACGUGCGUCGAUUACAGAAGGCGCUCCAGGAGUGGAUCACCUCCCCAACCCGAGAUCCGCUCCGAAAACAGGACGAGCCGCCCUCGCCUACCCUCUCACAGGACAGCGGUGACUCGGCGUGGCCCCGCGCCGCCUCCGCGGAGCCGAGCGACUCGCCGCCGCCGCCGCCGCCCGUGCUGCUCGACUCGCAGGUGGAGCGGCUCGCCGAGUCAGCCGUCCGCCUCGCCAAGACGCUGCCGGACUUCGAGCCGCGAGCCCAGAACAGCAAGCGCAAGGUGUGCCGCGAAUUGGAGCAGGUGAUGAGCAUGGAGGCCGACCAUCCGCAGCGUCUGGAGAAGUUCCGCAAGUACGCCGCCAUCUACGGCCGGUUCGACUGCCGGCGUCGGGCGGAGAAGCCGCUCACACUGCACGAGGUGUCGGUGAACGAGGCGGCAGCGCACAUCUGCAUGCAGGUGCCGGCGCUGCUGACUCGUCGCGACGAGCUGUUUCCGUUGGCGCGCCAGGCGGUCCGGCAUUCCGGCUACCAGUACUCCAAGGGCCACUCCAGGUCGCAGGGAGCGCAGGGCUUCUUGUCGCGAGAGUUCCGAGUCGGCGAGGAGGUGGGCGGAGUCAAACGACUCCGCCUCGACUCGGACCCGCUAGCAGAGGACCUGUCGGACGGCGAUUGGCUGCACAGACAGCUGGUUGUCCUCGAUGGCUUCCACAACCACAGAGCCCUGGAGGCAGUCUGCUUUGCGAAAGACCAUGACAUCCAGCUUCCAACGUUCCCACCGCACACCGCGCACAAGCUGCAGCAGCUCGAUGUCAGCUUCUUCAAGUCUUUGAAGGCAACCUACAACGUUGGGAUCGGAAACCGGCUCAUCUAUUACCCCGGCUAG